AUGCCUCGGAAGGCUUUCGUUGCCGAUCUAAAUCAGGCGAUUGCGGAUGUCCAUGUCGACGGCAUCUCCAACGUCCGCAAAGGCGAAGACGAUGGCGAAUUCAGCUUUGACAUCCUACCGCCCGCCAGCAGAACAGCCUACAAGAUAUCCGCGCUUGUGCCAGAGCUCUCAGAGUAUCCAUCUAGCCACGAGUUCCACGUCUAUGUUGCUGACGACGACGUACCCGCCUCCAUCGCUAUCAGCCUGCAAGACCUCCCAAGCACGAACGGCAAAACCAUAGCGCAACUGCUAGAGCUUGUCUCGCGAGCCGUUGCGCGAGGCGGCGAAACGGACAGCGAUGGAGACCUAGUCAUGCGCGACUCCCAGCUCGAGGAUGAGGAAGGGUCUGAGGAGGAGGAGGAAUUCGAAGAAUACGAUUACUUCCCCGACGAACAUCCAGCUCAACCUUCCACUCACAGCGACACUACUCACACCGUUGUAUCUAGCGGCCAGUCAUCCUCUACGCCAGCUCUCCGAGCCAGGAUACGGUCAGACCUCAGAACAGUAAAAGAGGCGGGCUUCAAGGCCGGUCACAUUGGACUGCUGCUACAUGGCUCCGACAGCUGCUACGUCAGUGUGUCGUGCCGGAUAUCUAAGCUGGGUAUCUCUGAGGAGGCCAUGGAAGCGUGGAACAUAGAGCCAACUCAGUAUCUCAUCCUCCUCAUACAGUACCCGAACGGCUACAAGGAUCUUGACACGCUGAACGGAUACGAGAACUUCGUCGCACGACAGUACGUGGCCAUGCGAGUGGGCGUGAGCUCCACAUACAAGCCGACGAUGCAGGAGGCUAUCCGCGCUUUUGCCAAGAUGAACAAAGAAGAGAAGGAUGCUGACUCUGCGGAUCACGCUGAUCAGCUGACUGAAGGCUUCCGCGACGUCUUUAUAUCGCAACCCAUCAAUGCUUUGUUAAACGAGAGGCUGAUCACCCUGAUCAAGUACCGAUGUAUGGGAAUGUCCUGGAAGGGCUCCGAGGAUUUCUACAAUUCGUCUCAGGGCAAGAACAUAGCCCAUGCAGACAUGAUGGGCACCACAUACGUGGCAGAAGAGAGUACGAGCGCCGAAUACCCAAAUCUCGUAAUGUCAGAUCAUGUCCGCGACUCUCGCAUGGGUAGUGCGCACUCAUUACCGCUGAUUGCCAUGCAAUUCUUCCUCCGCCACUUUGUCCGCUGCACAGAGUUCUGUCUAGUGUGUCAUUGCAGGCUCGAAGACGAUCUGGAAGCACUGAAGCCAUAUGUGUGCGACAAGCCGCUUUGUCUCUACCAGUACAUGUCGCUUGGCUUUGGUCCAAGCAUUGAGCACGAGAUACUUUCACAGCCUUACGUGGUCGAUCUGCUUGUCAGCUUUUGUUACACAAGCGCCAAAUCGGGACUAUUGAAAGACUUCCCGCAGGGUCUCAGUUUGAGUGUCCCUCCGGUCGCGGAUCUGCGCCCCGGGAACUCUCAUCCAACUUAUCAUGGAUACGGGGGCGAUAGAGUGGCAACUUCCGCGGAAGACGGUGCGACCGCGAAGCCCACCGCCGCCCAGUUCGACAAGUAUGGGCUCCAGCUGUCCUUUGGCGAUGAAUCGGUCUGUCCCGUAAAGGUGGGAGACUGGGUCGCCAUCCAAUUGGGGUCGGAGCCUGUAAUGCAUUGCCGGGUCUCCGAGACCGCGUACUUUCCAACCGUUAAGGUAUCUCAGCCGGUUUCAACGAACGCGCCUGAGUCGACAAGCGGGAAUGCUGCCGCUAAUAUGCCUACUCCUGGAAGUACUACUCCCAGCUUGAACACGGCUGCACCUGCACCCGGAUUCAGUCCUGUGAGCAUCUGGACCUACAACGUAAACUUCGACGGUUUGCCUGAGUGGAUGAAGCGAUCCUUGAUCUGUAUUCUUCUAGAGACACUCCCGAGCGUUAGGGAUAUGGCGCAGUACCUCGGCAAGUACGCUUCAGGAAGUCUGUCUACUUGGGUGGACAGGAUCUCGCCUGCCGCUCUGGGCCUUCUUCGCUGGAUCAUUGCAUCAAACAGGUCAUGCAUCGUGCAGAUUGAUGAACCGCUUUCGGCGGGUCAGGAGAAGAAUGACACUAGAUUGCAGAAGACUUCGAAGACCGUCAAAGAGACUGACAGGCUUUAUGGAAUGCCUGGCUGGAUGCAGUUCAGAUUCGCCAUGGGCGCUCCGGACAAGGAACGACGCUUCAUCAACGCGCUCAAGGAAAAGACUCAAGAGCUGAACCUGAAGUAUCCCACUCUAUUUGCCUGGCAUGGUAGCCCGCUCGGCAACUGGCACAGCAUCAUCCGCGAGGGACUCCACUUCAACCGAACGGUCAACGGGAGAGCAUUCGGGCACGGCGUGUAUAUGUCCCUUCACCACGCAACAAGCUUAGGCUACGCCGGCUUUCACAAUGUCCAAAACCAAUGGUAUUGGCCGCAAAGCCAGCUCAAAAUGUCUACCGCCAUGUCCCUGAACGAGGUGGUGAAUGCUCCGGCGCAGUUCGUCAGCAAACAUCCUCAUCUGGUCGUCGACAAGCUGGAUUGGAUCCAGACGAGGUAUCUCUUCGUGCAGUGCCAGCAGGCUGGAGCCCUUGCGGUUGAGACAGAGAAGAAGCCAAUGCAGGUAUUCGAACAGGACCCGAGUAUGACUCCCAUAGGCGUGAGGGAGGGAAUCAUGAUUCCACUCACAGCUAUCUCCCCGUCUCGUCGGCCAUCAGUCAAGGCCGUACGGAAGGGGAACAAGAAGAUCAAAGCCACAGGCACCAUCAUCGAUCCCAUCUUAUUAGGAGAGGAUGACGCCUCCCCGAAUGACGACGAUGCCAACAGCGUCGCAACAGACGUAGAAGACCUCGAGAUCCUCUUCGACGACGAGCCGCCCCAACCCGAGCCCUCCACGAGCACCAAAAAAGACAAAGCCCCCACCGAAACUUCCAAGCGCAGUUCGAUCUUCUCGCUCCUCAACCCCAGAAAGUCGCCCACCGCGCCCACCACACCCCUCACCGACUUCAUCCCCGGCACCCUCGACCACAGCACCAUCACCAAGCUCGCCCCGCCCGCCUGGGCCACCACAACCGCAACCAAGCGCCUCCAAUCCGACUUCCGACAGCUCCUGAAAACGCAAUCCUCCACCCCCCUCCACGAACUCGGCUGGUACAUCGACGCCGACGCCGUCUCAAACAUGUACCAGUGGAUCGUGGAACUGCACUCGUUUGAGCCGCACCUCCCGCUUGCCAAGGACAUGAAAUCCAAGAAUCUGACGUCUGUAGUGAUGGAGCUGAGGUUCGGGAAGGACUAUCCCAUGGCCCCGCCCUUCGUCCGCAUCAUCCGCCCGCGCUUCCUGAGCUUCAUGCAGGGAGGCGGCGGACACGUCACUGCGGGCGGGGCGCUGUGCAUGGAGCUGCUAACCAACAACGGAUGGUCAGCGGUGUCGAGUAUUGAGAGCGUGCUGCUGCAAGUUAGACUGGCUAUGAGCAGUGUAGACCCUAAGCCCGCGCGAUUGGAAAAUGGUCCGGCGAGGGAGUAUGGGGUCGGCGAGGCGGUGGAGGCGUUUAUCCGCGCGUGUAGGACGCAUGGGUGGACGGUGCCCGAGGGGUUCGCUCAGAUGGCUUAUGGUGGCGAGAGCGUGGCGGGCGGGCGGUAG